AUGGCCAUUUCUUCCAAGCUUUUUUCCCUUCUCUUUUUGCAGCUAAUGCUCGCCUCGUCUCUCUCGACCAUCGCCGAAGCACAUGGCUUGUCGUCUAAGUUUUAUCGGUACACCUGCCCCGGGUUGGAGUAUACUGUCGCCAAAACGGUAGCUUUGUAUAUUCAGAAACAACCUACUCUAGCCGCUUCUUUAUUGAGGAUGCACUUCCACGACUGUUUCGUUAGGGGUUGUGACGGUUCUGUGCUGCUAAAUUCGACACCAAACAACCAAGCCGAGAAAGAUUCUAUUCCCAACCUUACUCUAAGAGGCUACAAUGUCGUCGACGCUGUUAAAGCUGCUGUUGAAAAACAGUGCCCUGGUGUCGUUUCAUGUGCUGAUAUCCUCGCUUUGGUGGCUCGGGACGCCGUUAGAAUGAUUGGAGGCCCAUUCUGGAAUGUUCCAACAGGGAGAAGAGACGGAACUGUGUCGAUCUCAAGAGAAGCCCUAAUCAAUUUGCCGCCUCCCUUCGCCAACAUCUCAUCUCUCAAGACAAGUUUCCUCUCCCUAGGUCUCUCCGUCAAAGAUCUCGUCGUUUUAUCCGGAGCACACACAAUCGGAGUCUCGAAAUGCAGUUCCUUCUCCAACCGCCUCUACAAUUUCACCGGCAAUGGCGACGCCGAUCCGAAAUUAGACAAAUACUACGCCGUCGCAUUGAAAGGUAAAUGCAAGCCAAACGACCAGAAAUCGAUCGUCGAGAUGGAUCCAGGAAGCUUCAAGACCUUCGAUGGAAGUUACUACACUCUCGUCUCCAAGAGAAGAGGUUUGUUCCAGUCCGAUUCCGCUCUUCUCGACGAUCCUGACACCAAAGCCUACGUUGUGUUACAAGCAGAAACACGCGGCGCUACUUUCGCCGUCGAUUUCGCUGAAUCGAUGAUCAGUAUGGGACAGAUCGGCGUCCUCACCGGCAACGACGGCGAAAUUAGGCGCCAAUGUAGCGUUGUUAACUGAUUUGCAGAAACGGAUUGCAGUUCUUUUUCAGGCGAGUGGGAAUAAUCGUCUGAUGAUUCGUUCGUUUUGAUUCGGUGUGUGCGUUUCAUGUUUCUGUUCUGUAGGAUCGCGUGGAAACACGUGCGGUUCUGAUUUCAUCUUCAUUUGUCGUGUGAUUCAAUCCAAUUAUUAUUAUUGUUAUUUAUUCAAUAUGAAAUUCAAAUGUUUUUAA